UCAAACUAAAAAUUAAAACCCAAACUCCAAAAUGGCUACCCACAAAAUGUGUGUCAUCCUUGGGCUUGUUGCUCUUGCACAUGCAGCAUAUUCUGCAGCUCAACAUCGCACAUACCUGAGACUGACUGAGCAGGAUUUCAGCAUGCUCCCUCAUGAUAUAUUUCUGCAGUGCAUAUUUGGGCUCCUCCUGACUUGCUAUGGUGUGGUCAAUGUUGCUGGGAACUUCAAGGAAAUCAAAGCCAGUGCAGAGCAGGACACAAAGACUUGGGAGAUGCUGAGCAAUCGCCAGGGAUUCAACAUUUUCCACCAUCGCGGGAAAGCAUUAUUCAACGAAACAUGAAUCAUUUUUACUCUGUCAUUUGAUCAUUCCAAUUCAUCAUCUUCUCAUUUCAUCCAAACUUGUCUGUAAUACCUAGAUCCAUAUUUUAGAGAUGAUUUCUCAUUGUUCCUUGUUCAUUAUUUUAAUUGUGUAUUUGCUUGUGUAAAGCACCAAGUUGAUCCCCCUGAUGGCCUGAGUGGGUCAGUGGGAGGUGUGGUGUACUGACUGAAAAGUGGGUCAGUGGGAGGUGUGGUGUAUUGACUGAAAAGUGGGUCAGUGGGAGGUGUGGUGUACUGACUGAAAAGUGGGUCAGUGGGAGGUGUGGUGUACUGACUGAAAAGUGGGUCAGUGGGAGGUGUAGUGUACUGACUGAAAAGUGGGACAGGGGAGGUGUAGUGUAUUGACUGAAAAGUGGGACAGGGGACGUCCAAGUAACGGCACGUUUCCAACUUGUGCACUGGUGUUGUCUUCUGUUUCUUCUUUUUUUUUUACUUCAGUGUUUCUGUUGUAAUAGAUCUUUUCCCUGGUGAAAUGUGACCAUUAUGGCAUCGAGUUGCUUAAUACAGCUCUUCAUUGUUAUCCUUUAUCUCUUUUCUGUUGCCGAGAAAUUGACCUUUCCUUAACAUUAUCCCUUAGAUCUGACUAUGGGGGGGUUUUCAUGCUCUGCUCUGCCAAUUUGGUAUAAAUCAAAGUAGUUGUUAUGAGUUGGAUGUCCCUCGGGUGAAAUUAAGUUUAUGUGUUAGAAUUAACACUGAACCCUUUCCGUAUAUCAAUGAUUGUAGUCUCUGCCAAAAUAAAUUUUUCAAGGCAUUGCUUGCG